CUUUUAUCAGGUGGCUUACGUUGUUGUUGUUGGUUGUUGUUGAGUUUUUGACGUCUCUCGGAUUCCAACAGAGGCGAGCGGAGCAAAAAUACAUUUUUUGGACCACUUCUCUGUUUUGGCUUCUAAUUUUUGGACAAAGCACAUUUUCUAGUACCAAUUCUCCUCUUGGAUCAACAAUCAUGGGGGACGCAACUCGAGAAGCUGAGCCUCGGGUUGAUGGAAAGGAUGCCCAAGUGAAUCAGGAUGUACUCAUUAUGGAGCAACAGCGGCAAAUUGAAGAGGAGAUCUCAGACGCUAUUCCGCUUGUAGGUGCCAAAGAAGAUUUACUAGGCACACUUGAAAAGGAGUAUAUAUCAGAUCCAAUUUACUCAAUGAAAGCAAAAGAUCUGUCUAGUAAAUACAACAGCAUUAGAAGGACAAGGCCAGAUGGAAAUUGCUUUUUCAGAGCAUUUGCAUAUGCUUACUUUGAACGUCUGCUCACUUGUAAGGAUGAUUAUAAGGGGUUUUAUGACAUAGUUUCAAAAAGCAAGGAUGACUUGAUUGAGCUUGGUUUUCCACAGUUCACUUUGGAGGACUUUUAUGAGACUUUUAUGGAAGUGGUGGAACGAAUUGGAAGUGGCGACAUGACCCAAGAUGAGCUUUAUGAGCUUUUCAACAAUCAAGGGCAGUCAAAUUACAUUGUGGUCUAUCUGCGCCUUAUUACUUCUGGUAAACUACAACGUGAUGCUGAUUUUUAUCUAAACUUCAUUGAUGGCAAUCGUACAAUGACAGCAUUCUGUCAUCAGGAAGUUGAACCAAUGUUCAAGGAAAGUGACCACAUUCAUAUUAUUGCAUUAAGUGCAGCUCUUAAUGUUGGUGUUCGUGUUCGCUAUAUGGACAGGGGUGAUUCAGCUCAAGUCAUCGCGCAUGAUUUCCCCGAAGGUGCUACCCCAGCUGUUCAUCUCUUGUACAGACCUGGACACUAUGAUAUCUUGUAUGAGCAGUGAUGAAAGACCCAUCUCUACUAAUAAGGUACUGUACUUGUUUAUUUUAAUUUGAAUAUAAUGUACAAAGCUGCACCAGUUUUUUCUUAUUGUUAAAAUUGUCUCAACAUGAACUCAACAAUUACUGUAAUGGAAGAAAAAGAUUUAUUUGUACUAUCACUGCAGAAAGAACUGAACCCUCUGUGCUUGGAAUAUCGACAUCAGAGGGGUUCAAUUAUUUCUGCGUUGAUAGUACCUCAGGUUAUUCAUGGUGAAUUAAUUUGUAGAAUCACUUCGUAUAAAUUUUGACAAUCAAUCAAAGCUGAAUAUAUGUCUGUUUGUAAUGCUGAUCUUAUAACUUCAUGAACUUUCGGUGGAUUUGUACCAACAGCUUUGCAUUCUGUGUAAGUUUGUCUCAGUUUGUCCUUUGAACUAAGCAUGGUUAACUUGUGCCCUUGAGAGUGUAAUUUGUGUUGAACAAUUAAUUGUGUUGAUGCAAGUUUUAAUCUUAAUAGUCUUACAUUAGGUCAUUUCCGUCAUCAUGAAUACUGGGUGCAUUUCUUUCUCAAAUUAUUUUUUCUUUGCUCUUUCUGUGAUAUUUCUAUCAUAAUCUACUGUGAUCAGAUGACAAUUCUUGAAGUUGGCAAAUGUGCUUUUUGCACUUACUACUUUUGAUUCUAUGCUUUGAUCUACAGAAUGUAUCCAAAUUCUAUGCACAGUUUUAACUGAGUAAAGUAGACUGAAUCAAUUACUUGUACUUUUUGUUUUAAUCCAACUAUUUUUUUGUUGACAAUUAUAAGGAUACAAUUUGUUGAACGUCAUUGACUGGUGUUAUGAAUCACUCUCUGAUGGCUGGUUGACAUAUUGUUUUUGUGAAGCAACAAAUCAAAAGUGAGCUACGCAGUGUGAAAAUGAUGUCAAAACAAAAUCAUUUUGAUAUUGCUUUUGUCUUCUAAUUCAUAUUUUGAUAUAACAUUUCGCACUGGGUGUACCACAUACCUGUUUUUAGCUAGCCUUUUCUGUUUGUGAAUUGCAUCAUCAAAAAAUGUGUACCUAAUUUUAGAAGAAAUCAAAGACUGUCCCAUGAACUAGAAAAACAGGUGUAAAUGACUUGACGAUGUUGCACACAGCUAGUCAUUUGUCCGAAUUCUUGUCUGAUUGUGGAAUUUUUGUAUGGUUCUUCCAAUAGCCAUAGAUUACAGGGGUGUUGGUGUUGAAAGCUAAAUAUUGUCCUCAAAUUAUUCCUGGAGGAAUAAGAUUUGUUUUGAUUUUUUGUCUUUUACUGAAUAUGUGAGGCUGGUAGAAUAAUGAAGGUUACUCUGACCAUCAAACAUUUGGACACAAAGUGCUGUUGUACUCUUCAUAAAUUAAGAUGUGAUUUUACAUAUGAACCCUCAAAAUAAAGAAUGAAAAUCAA